AUGACCACACUCAACGUUACGAAUCUGCCUUCGGAAUUACAAUCUUCACCGUCUCUGGUCUCCUCAUCUUCCAACAACCUAUCCAACACAUCACAUCCUACUUUAUUAAAUGUACAACAUGAUCACAACUACCCUCCGAUACCUCCCUACUCUUUCCAUCCUCCGAAUGACAUACGUAUAUCGAUAACAGCACCAAGUCCUGAGCAAGAAGCAGACAUUGGCGAUUCUGAUCUGCAACGGUAUAUGACUGCGCACGACCGUCAUGGAAACAUAGGUGUAUCCCGACUCGUUGCUGACGACCUGUUAUCGCUGCGAUCGAGCCAAGGCCCUCCAGAAACCUUGCCCGCUUAUGACUCCAAUGUACCACCUUCGUACCGGCGACCAAUCGCAAACGCUCCAAAAGAACCUCAAACUUUAGCCAUGCAUUUUUUCAAAUUUGGGUUUUUCUUCCCUGCGUUUUGGGUGUUUGGGGCAUUGAUGCUGAUAACACCGCUCCGCUCCGAUCCUCUCUCUCCUGGCGCGCAGCUUUCGGUUUGGCCUCCCAACACGGCGUUUGAGGAAUGGUGCAAUGAGGAUGCUCGAUCGGAGGAGGAAAAGCGUGAAUAUUUGGCGAGGAUGCAGGAAGUAGAAAUGAAAUGGGCCAAACGAUGCCUGAUGGCUCUCGGGGUACUGGGCUGUUUUGGUAUUGCCAUCGGGGUGACGAUAUUUGCUGUGUUGAAGGCCCAGUGA